AUGUACUCCGAUCCUAUCAUUGACGUAGUAGCAACCCCGGGUCGAAUCAAGAGACUGCAGAAGACCCGCUUCAUCAAGAUUAGAUGUAAACGCAAACAGCAGUAUAGUGAAGCAUGCAAGAUCACAAUCAAACUAGAUUUUGGCCCUGUUCGUGCCCCAGGAAAUCUGCUUGACUUUCAGGACACACACCUCCUGCCGGUGAUGAGUUCGCCACUGCGCCGAUAUGCGAGACAUCUAGCUGGAAAUAUCAGAAAUCUCGUAUAUCGACUGUAUCCUCAGGGUGUGACGUCACCGCAACUUCUGGACGUUCACGGAGCUCGACAGAAUGAGGAUGACUACUGCAGGCCGACAGGAUUCUCAUCUCGAGAGCAGUUCGUCUGUCGGAACGGUGGACGUUGUUACAGCACGAACGAUGGGCCUAAAUGCGACUGUACGUUGAGCGAGUACGAGGGCAAACACUGCGAGACAGAAAAACUCGACUCCGAGCUGACGUUUUCGGGUCAAGAGUGGGUCGGCUACGAUGUUUCCGACACCUCAGCCGGACCGCUGAAGGCGAAAGCCGAGAAUUUCUCGUUGUCGUUCAAGACCGUGCACGGAUCGGCAAUGAUAUUUUUUGCUGGCGACGACAGGAGUUACAUGCAAUUGUACCUCGAAGAAGGCGCUCUCAUAGCCAGCUCUAAGUUUGCCGGUACUGCUCCGCGACUUGUGAGGAUUUUCAACGAGUUGCCGAGGGCGAGGUUCGACGACGACUCUUGGCACACUGUGUCCAUGCAAGCACGGAACUCUCCAGAUGGUUUGUUUUAUUAUCCAACGAUCUUUUCGAUACCACUGACAUUGGUCGUUGACGGACGGAAAGAUGAGAUUCGUCAGUACGCGCCAGAGCUCGACUGGAUCGGCCACUCAUUCGCCUAUCUCGGCUCCGUUCCUCUUGAGCGCCAUGUCACCGGCGUCACGAAGAAUGCUUUUCGUGGGUGCGUAAAACAG